CAGUCAGCUUUUUCUACAUAACUUUCUCUCUCUAGAAAGUUUGAGUUUUUAGUUUUGUGUUUGCUAAAAGGAUUUAGGGAGAAGAGAAGAAAAAAGAGAGAGAGAAAACAGAAAAUGUCGGAACCAAAAGAUCCGACGAUCAAAUUGUUUGGGAAAACGAUCCCUUUGCCCGAGAAAUCUCCCAAAGUAGCAGCAGGUGACUCGUGUGCUACUUGUGGUGAUGAAAACACCAACAAUGAUGAUAUUGAUCAAGAUCAUUCUUGUUCCACAAAUUCUUCACCAAAGGAAAAUAAAGGGGAAGAAAGAGAAGAACCUGAAAAGGACAUUGCGGGAGAUAAAACAACAGACGUUGAACAUGAAGUUGGAGAUAGAAAAGAGGACGGAUCUGAACAGGAUGAUAGUGCUCCUCUGAUUACUUCUGUAGAGUCUACAAAUCUGGAGGCAACCUCCGGAGCAAGUGACAACUCUAAAACACCUUCUGUCGAUAAGGAGAGCCCUGCUUUAAAAACUUUACAAACAGAAGAAGAUCAAAAUGAGACAAGUAAUCCGCAAGACAAAACCUUGAAGAAACCUACUAAAAUUCUUCCAUGCCCCCGCUGUAACAGCAUGGACACCAAGUUUUGUUAUUACAACAAUUACAAUGUCAAUCAACCCCGACACUUUUGCAAGAACUGCCAGAGAUACUGGACAGCUGGUGGGACUAUGAGAAAUGUGCCCGUGGGUGCUGGGCGUCGCAAGAACAAGAGUUCAGCUUCUCACUACCAUCACAUAACUGUCUCUGAAGCUCUGCAGAAUGCUCGUGCUGAGAUUCCUAAUGGAGUUCCCCAUCCGGCACUAAAAGCUAAUGGUACAGUUCUGACCUUUGGCUCGGACGCACCCCUCUAUGAAUCAAUGGCUUCUGUUUUGAACCUUGCAGAUAAAACAAUGCAUAAUACCACUCGGAAUGGUUUUCAUAAGCCUGAGGAGUUAAAAAUUCCCGUUUCUUAUAGAGGUGGAGAAAAUGGGGUUGAGUGUUCAAAUGGAUCAUCUGUUCUGACUUCAAAGGAUGAGGCAGGUAAAGCCGGGUCGCAAGAUCAAAUGAUGCAGAAUUGUCAGGGUUUUCCACCUCAGAUGCCAUGCUAUCCCGGGGCGAUUUGGCCUUACCCAUGGACCGGAGCUCAAUGGAGCUCUCCUGUACCUCCACCGGCUUUCUGCCCUCCAGGCUGCUUUCCAAUGCCAUUCUACCCUGCAGCUGCUUACUGGGGUUGUAACGUACCAGGCACAUGGAACGCCCCAUGGCAGCCUCAGCCUUCUACUCCAAAGCAAACUGUACCAAGCUCCGGUCCCGAUUCCCCUACCUUGGGAAAACAUUCACGAGACGAGAACAUGAGCAAACCAAACAACUCUGGAGAGGAGGAGCCGGUAAAGGAAAAUAAUGCUGAGAGAAGCCUUUGGAUUCCGAAAACAUUGAGGAUUGAUGAUCCUGGCGAAGCAGCAAAGAGUUCUAUAUGGGCAACACUCGGCAUUAAGAAUGACAAAUCUGAUUCAAUAGGCGGCGGACAACUGUUCAAAGCAUUUCAAUCAAAGGGUGAUGAAAGGACUCAGGUUCCUGAAACCUUUCCAGUCUUGCAGGCAAAUCCAGCAGCAUUGUCGAGGUCAAUAAACUUCCAAGAGAGCUCAUAAUCGUGUAAAUUAUGACUUUUAAUUGCUUAAUUACUAUAUGAAUCCUGUCCUACUUCGUUAGCCGCUUGGUCAUAUUCAUUCACCAUCCCCCCUCUAUAUAACCAACUCUCAAAGUAUGCUAACUGAGGAGAACAAAAGGAAGAGUCCAAUCAUAUGGUUUGAAGGCAGAGUGUUUAGGCUCAAGUAGAAACUGAUUUUUCUCUCCUGUUUUCCUUUUUCGGUUUAAUUUUGUUUUCGGAAUUCCUCUUCUUUCCAUUAAUGGCAUGAUCAGGGGUUUUCAGUUAGAUGGUUUGCAGAGUUCUGUACAUAAUAUAUAUAAGAUGGUGAGAGGUAGGACCAAGUAAGUUUAUUUUCCAUAAAUCCCCAUUGUAUUUAAAUAAAUUUGGGAACUCAAGUUUCUUUCAAAUCUCCCUUAAAUCUGUACUUUCUUUU